AUGGGUUUUGGAGCCCAGGGGGAGGUGCAGGAAAUGGAAUAUGUAACAAUUGAAGAAGGACUCGUGGUCUUUGUUUGUUUCCGAGAGGGCGUAACUGACGACAUUUUGCCAAAAAUAGCGACAUCUGUUUUGUCUGGAAAGCUGUAUCAGACAGACGGGAAACCCAAAUCUGUAGAAUCAGACGAAGCGAAAAGCAUUCUGGUAAUUCCACAGGCGACUCUUGGAGGCAAGCUAAAGGGAAAGCAAGUUCAGUACCAUGGAAAUAUUUCCAAGUUAAAUGGUGAAGCCAUUUUUGAAAAGUUUCGAGAUAUUUUGACGAAGCAGUCGAAAACGACCCGUUGUGAGUUUGGAACAUACGGGAAUAGACAAGUUUUGCAAAUGGACACUGAAGGGCCAUUUUCUCACGUAUUUGAAUUCUGA